UAUAGCACGUGUUAGUCAUGGCGACGUUGGGAACUGUAAUGAAUGUGUCUCGGUACUCUAUAGUGUUAAAUGUUGGGUUUAAGAAACUUUUACGUACGAGCGGUUGUUUUUCUACCUUUAAGGGGGUUGGGUUUCAACGCUGGUGUUCACACACACACCUUAGUGUGCCGGAACGCAUAGAAAAGAAGAGAAAAGAAGCACUUCUGGGUGGAGGUCAGGCAAGAAUUGAUGCACAACAUGGAAAGGGUAAGCUGACUGCACGUGAACGGAUUAACCUCUUGCUUGAUCCAGGCAGUUUUGUAGAGUAUGACAUGUUUGUUGAACACCGCUGCUCUGAUUUUGGAAUGCAGGCCGAACAUAACAAGUUCCCUGGAGACAGUGUCGUGACGGGUCAGGGCCGUAUUAAUGGAAGACUGGUGUAUAUCUUUAGUCAGGAUUUUACAGUUUUUGGUGGCAGCUUAUCAGGAGCUCAUGCCCAGAAAAUUUGCAAGAUCAUGGACCAGGCAGUGAUGGUUGGAGCACCUGUGAUAGGUGUGAAUGACUCUGGAGGAGCUCGUAUCCAGGAAGGAGUGGAAAGUCUGGCUGGCUAUGCUGACAUUUUCUUGAGGAACGUGCUAUCCUCAGGUGUUGUGCCACAGAUUUCCCUUAUCAUGGGCCCAUGUGCUGGAGGUGCUGUUUACUCACCAGCUUUAACAGAUUUUACAUUCAUGGUGAAGGACACUUCAUAUUUGUUCAUCACUGGGCCUGAUGUGGUAAAGUCUGUUACCAAUGAAGAUGUAACCCAAGAAGAACUAGGUGGUGCAAAGACACACACAGCAGUUUCAGGUGUUGCACACAAGGCCUUCGAGAAUGAUGUUGAUGCGUUGUUAAACCUACGGGAGUUCUUCAACUUUCUGCCACUCAGUAAUCGUGAUCCAGCACCAGUCAGAGAGUGUCAUGACCCCAGUGACAGACUUAUUCCAGGACUUGACUCCAUUGUUCCAACUGAGUCCGCCAAAGCGUAUGACAUGCUCGACAUUGUAAAAGCAAUUAUUGAUGAAAAGGAUUUUUUUGAGAUCAUGCCUAACUUUGCCAAAAAUAUCAUUGUGGGUUUUGCAAGAAUGAAUGGACGUACAGUUGGAAUAGUUGGAAAUCAACCAAAAGUAGCAUCAGGCUGUUUGGACAUCAACUCUUCAGUGAAAGGAGCCCGUUUUGUUAGAUUCUGUGAUGCUUUUAACAUACCUCUUAUCACAUUUGUAGAUGUCCCUGGAUUUUUACCAGGAACUGCACAAGAGUAUGGUGGAAUCAUAAGGCAUGGUGCUAAACUCCUGUUUGCUUUUGCUGAAGCAACUGUACCAAAAAUUACUGUGAUCACGCGAAAGGCCUAUGGAGGUGCCUAUGAUGUAAUGAGCUCCAAGCACUUAAGAGGAGAUGCUAACUAUGCAUGGCCUACAGCUGAAGUUGCAGUCAUGGGCGCAAAGGGUGCUGUUCAGAUUAUUUUUAGGGGGAAGGAAAAUCAGUCUGAAGCAGAGUCUGAGUAUGUGGAGAAAUUUGCAAACCCUUUUCCAGCAGCUGUCCGAGGAUUUGUUGAUGACAUUAUUCAGCCCUCUACAACUCGAAUGCGCAUAUGCCGGGAUUUGGAUGUACUAGUCAGCAAGAAGCAGUCAAACCCUUGGAAGAAACAUGCCAACAUUCCACUUUGAACUGAGCUGCGUUGUGCUUUGUACUGAAAAGUUGCAGCUGAGGAAGGGAGGCUAAUAUAAUUUACAACUGAGACAAACAAUGAAAAAAAUGUCACUAAAUUGUAAUAAACAUGUAUUGAUUUGUUAAUUAAAAUUUUAGUACAUGUUUUGCAUGUACAUAUUGUAGAUGUACAAGAAAUAUAAGUAAAAUGAUCUUCCUUGUGAACAUUUAGAGCAUGAAUCAUAAACAUUAUUACUGAGAUCAUGUGAAAGUAUUUAUUAAAUGACAUUCAUUUUCUGACAA